CACGCUGGAGAAGCUUGAAUGGCCGCUGCUCGGCUGCUAUUUGCAUGAUCUUCUCCGGACUUUCCAGCGGUGAUUUGUCUUCGUGGAGUUUCUCCAACAAUGGGUCGCAGCAGGUCACAUGACAGAGCAGACAGAGACAAAAAGAAGAAGAAGAAACGGACACGGUCCUCCUCCUCUUCCUCGUCGUCUCCGUCCUCUUCCUCAUCCAGCAGCAGGAGCCGGGGCAGGUCGUCAAAGAAAGAGACACACAAGAGCAAAGAUGUGAAAACGGAAAGAAAGAAGAGAAGAAGAACCUCCUCCUCCUCUUCGUCCUCCUCAUCCUCCUCAUCUUCGUCCUCGUCGAGUGAUGAGAAGACAAAGAGGAAGAAAAGUAAAUCCAAGAAAAAGAAGCUGAAGAAGAAAAAGGCGAAGCUGAAGAAAAAGGAGAAGAAGGACAAGAAGGACAAGAAGGAGAAGCUGAAGAAGCUGAAGAAAGAGGAGAAGGAGAAGGAAAAAGAAAAAGAGAUGAAGAAGACGGAGGCACCUUUGUCCAUCAUUCCGGAGGAGAAACCUCCGGCUUACCUGGAGGUGUGGCAGAGUGAUGAUGGGACGGUGGAGCCUGGACCUGUCAUGACCGAUGAGCAGAAGGCCCGGAUCUCCACCAAGAGACCCAUCACCAAGGAGGAGUAUGAGGCCAGGCAGAGUGUGAUCCGCAAGGUUGUGGACCCUGAAACAGGACGGACCAGAUUGGUGAGAGGAGAGGGAGAGAUCAUAGAGGAGAUGGUCAGCCGAGAAAAACACAAAGACAUCAACAAGCAAGCCACCAAGGCAGACGGGAACACCUUCCAGAGGAAACUGGGGACCAACCGGUAGAAGACACAGUGGAGUCCUUCACUAACAAGAGGUUUCCCGGACAGGUCGACGGAGGAUGAACACUUUUUUAGAUUAUUAUAGAAUUUUUUAUAUUUAGUAUGUGUUUUAUAACAAACAUUAGCCUGGGAUUGAACUGUUCACAGCGGUGAAUGUUAAAAUAAUGUCAAACACGUGCUCUUGACGUUCACUGAGUUUAAAUCCAAGUAAAAGUCUUCAUCGACUACUGAUUUGUCUUUUUAAAUGUAAGCUGAUCACAAAAGGGAUUUAAAGAAAAACAGACGAAUAAGAUUAUGUUGAAUUUAAAUCUGGUUGCGUAUAUACGGAGCAAGAAGUCAACAGGACGUGGACAGUCCUAGAGCCUGACCCACGUUCCCCCGACAUGCCUUGAUAUGUAAACUUUGAAUAAAUAAUGCAGGACAGAUUUUGUGUUUACAUCUACUGUAAAAAAAAGAAAAUUUUUUCUUUAUUCAAGCUCCAUACAUUUAAUUGUAGUUUUGUUUUCUUCAUUAAUAGCUAUUGAUAAUAAGGUUUGAUUAAACUGUAAAAUAUCAAGCCUCAUUUACAUUCAUCUUAGGAAUCAUUGCCAUUUAAAGAAAAUGUAUAUACUAUAUCUGCUGACAUAUCAGACAUUUUUUACUGCUGAAUAGCAGAAGCGGGCUCCAAAAAUCUAUAUUGGUCGGACUCUGGUUAACACUGUUACCUCACAGCGAGAAGGGUCUUGGUGCAAUUCCUGGAGUCGUUUUGUCUGGUUUUCUCCCACAGUCUGUAGACAUGCAGUAUGGGGUUAGGUUUACUGUCAGUGAUGGUGAACUGUUGUUUGUCUCUGUCAAUGUGAUCGAUGGCGAAAUGUCCACUGUGUCCUCUGCCUCUUGUCCUGUCUGCUGGGAUCGGCCCCAGCGUUUAAAUGAUUUCUGUAUCCUAUCCUAUUUCAAAUCAGCUAUACAUAAUUUUCUUCCUGAUGUCAGACACAGUGAGAUGAUUCUUUAAAUGUUCUGUAUCCUUCACAACAGUUUUGUCUUUCUGUAUUUCAGCUACACAUCUUAAACCCACUCGGAGUCUUCGCACCUUUUAUAUCUCACAUUGUGUGUCUCUGAAUAAAUCUCUAUUUGUGAGCUGAACCCAGAAAAAUAAAGUUUGAUUAGUGAAAUGAA